AUGGCAAAAUAACUUCCAAAUAGUUCAAGGGAAAGGAUGACUCUAAUUGAUUUACUUUUUGAUGAAUGCUAUAAAAAAUAAAAGACAUUACCUUAAAAUGUACAGAAAAUCAAUAUAAAACCAAGUUUCAAGAAAUCAGAACCUAUUAUAAAAACUUUAGAAUAAAAGAUUUAACCAAGGGAAUCAUCAAUAAAAUAAAAAGAUAAAUCAUCAAAUAUUUAUUCAAUAAAUGAAUUGAUAAUCUAAAAUCCUCAUAAAUAAUUAUUGGAGUAUUAAUAAGUAUAAAAUUCUCAAAAUAAAUUACUGGAAUUAUUAAAACCUAUUAACUUUAAGAAAUAAAAGAAGAAGGAAAAUUUUAGAUUGCAUAAUAGUGAGAACUGUUCAUUAAGUUAGUACAAACUACCAAAUUUGUCUUCAAGAUAUAUUAAUACAAAUAUUAAUAAUUAUAAUUCAUAUAGAAUAUAAGUAAGAUAAUCAGUAUAGGAUAUAAUUAAAUGUAAAAUAUGUUUUACAUAUAUUGAUGGUGAUAAUUAUAAAUUGAAUUGUAAACAUAGUUAUCAUAAAGACUGUUUAAGAGAUUAACUCUAAUAAUAAAUAAACUAAGGAUAAUAUUAUUUAAAUUGUAUUAGUUGUAAUGAAAGAAUAAAAAAUAACUUAUUGAGAAAUAUAUUAAAUAGAAGCAUUAUUGAAUUAUACUUCUUAAAUUAAAUUAAAUUAAUUGUUUCAAGAUAUCAUAAUUUAGUAAAAUUUGAAAAAUGCAAAAAAUGCUUCUUUUUUUGGAUAAGAACAGCAGUAGCAAAUAAUUCUGAAUCAUAUUGUCAGAUUUGUGAUUCAAAUAAUUGUUAAUGA